AGCUUCUCCACUUCUAAAUCAAACUGAUUAUGAGAUUUGGUCUUCAUUUGAAUAUCAUGUCUAUACUUUAUGUUUUCUCGCUUCUUCUUCUCUUAGAAGUACCAAAGUCGUGCAUUGCUGUAGAAAAAGAGUGGGAUCAUUUCAUGUUUGCUCAACAUUGGCCGAAAGGCUAUUGCGAUUCCUUAACUGGAAAAACAUGUCAUUCAAUACCAGAAAAAUUUGUUAUUCAUGGACUGUGGCCUCAAAAAGAUGAUGGUACACUUCCUAAAUGCAGAAGUAAGACUCCUAUUGGUAAUAAGGAUUUAAAAACCUUGAUAAAACAACUUGAAUCGGAUUGGCCAAAUUUAAUUGGCAUAAAUUUUAACUUUUGGAAAGUGGAGUGGAUGAAGCAUGGAGGAUGUACAGAGGCAACGCUCCCAAUACCGGAAUAUUUCAAGCGCGCUUUGCAUCUUUAUGAGCAAAAUAACCUAUUGAAUAUACUUGAAAAGGAGCAGAUAGUCCCAGAUGACAAAAAGCUUUAUAAUGUUAGUUCCGUUGUUGCUGCAGUUCACAACCACACUAGCCAUGUUCCUGCGCUUUUCUGUUAUCAUGAUAAAAAACUAAAUGCUACUGCUCUCUAUCAAAUUAGUAUUUGUUUGACCAAAAAUGCAACCUCAAUUAUAAACUGUCCGAACUCUGAUGGUACUUGUGGUGACCAGACUUUAUUAUUGCCAAAAUGAGUUUAUGCAGCAAUAAUUUUUAAUAAAUAAAAUACAAGUAUUCAUUUUCCCUGUAA